CAGCCCACUUACCCCUCCCACCUCUCUCCAACCUUGCCUCUGGCAGGAUCUUGAACCGAGGCUGGAAUUGAAGGUCACAUCUGUUCCUGGUUGCGGUCUGGAAUGGAAUUUGGGUGUCCUGGGAGGACAGAGAGCAGGGAAAUAAAGGCAGAAGGCAGUGAAAAGGAGGCUGUGUCUGCUGCUUGGAUUCUCUGGGCUCACUCCCACGGUGAGCUGCACACUGUGAUGGAGACCCCUCUGGAGAAGGCCCUGACCACUAUGGUGACCACGUUUCACAAAUAUUCGGGGAGAGAGGGUAGCAAACUGACCUUGAGUAGGAAGGAACUCAAGGAGCUGAUCAAGAAAGAGCUGUGUCUUGGGGAGAUGAAGGAGAGCAGCAUCGAUGACUUGAUGAAGAGCCUGGACAAGAACAGCGACCAGGAGAUCGACUUCAAGGAGUACUCGGUGUUCCUAACCACGCUGUGCAUGGCCUACAACGACUUCUUUCUAGAGGACAACAAGUGACCAGGGCUGCCCUCCACCCUCACCCUCCACCCCUUGCUGCUGACUUCAGCUGCUCCUCUCACGGACCCUCUUUGGCCCCCUGCCCUCCUCUCCCUCCCAGAUGGACCUUUCCAUGGGAGGAAAUAAAGUUUCCAUCGCAGGUGCUGGGA